CAUGCACGCGCAUACACGCGCGUCAGAGCAGAUGCAGCUCGCGCUCAUGGAGGGACAUCAGGCGCACACGAGCGCAACAAGUCAUUCUGGAUCAAAGUGAAUUUAAACUCCCUCGGUCUAAGACUGGAUUUAUUCGAGUUAAGAGUUUGUGUCAGGCGUCUCAAAUGGAGACAGAAGCCGUGGAUGUCCAACAGCGGGAUGCGGGGCAGGACGGUGACCUGGACAAGAUCCAGGAGAAUUGUGUCCAUGUGCACACAACACAACCCAAAGCCACUGGCAAACCCAAAGAUGUCACAGAGAUUGUGUGCACUGACAGUAUACAGGAUCACAGCGGAAGCAGCGAAUCUCUGACUGAUGCUGUCAUAACCAGUGAAGAUGCUCUACUGCUACCUGACCAUAUACCUACACUUUCACACAAAAUAGAGAAAAUAAAUGAGAAGCCCAGUCUUUCUAAUGGAUCUCGUCCAGGUGUCGUCACCAAUGGCUCUGCUGUAAUCUGUACACCACCUGCUUCUUCAUCAGGAGGAAGAGCACCUAAUAUUACAACACCAAAGAAAUGCAAUGGACAUGCAAUGUGUCAUGGUCACAGACACCCUCAAAAGAAACGUCCGUCUUCCACCUCCAAGAGUCAGCAAAGCUUCAAAGGCGAUGCUUCACAGAUACAGCGUGUCGCUGGGGAUGACUGCUGUGUGCACUGUAUACUAGCGUGCUUGUUCUGUGAGGUGCUGUCUUUGUGUUCAGUCGUGGCUCAGUGUUUGGCCUGCGGUCUGGAGUGUGACACUCUCUGCUGCUGUGGUGAAGCAGCCACCGGAGGACUGGUGUGCUGCACUGAGGACACUUGCUCUGCCCUGCUGGACUGUGGGAUACUGGAGGACUGCUGUCAGUCUUCAGACUGUCUAGAAAUCUGUUUGGAAUGUUGCUCUAUUUGUUUCCCUGCAUAGUUC